AAUCUCUUAAAACCGCUAGAAACCGCAACCGCCCGCAUCCACAAACUCCCGCAACCGCAACCGCAACCGCUGCGUUUGAACCAGUCAGGCCCUAAUACGACGGUUUGAACGCCUAGGAACGUCACUCUUGCUGCCCCGCAAAAAUCGUUAUAUAUAAAACAAAGAAAGACUCAGCUUUGAGUAAGUUUAGUCUUUUGUUAGUGUCCACCAUAAUGUUUUAAGGUUUCUUUCUUAGUUUUGUUUAUUCUUGCUUCUAAUAUUUCAUUCCUUGCUGUUUGUCAGUCACAUGGAACAUGACAUGCACAUAUUCGCAGUUCCUAGCCCCCCCAAAAAAACUCCAACCUGUUGUGUCUCACUCUGGUCUUUUUACAAUCAAACUGUCUUACCAUGCUCAACUUGGUCGUCUGGUUUUCAAAACAAGUUUCAAGCUGGUACAUGUGUCGAGUUAGUUCCUAUUCUCUUAGGAACUCCAUAAUGGUUUUGUUUUAAUAUAUUUUAUUUCUGAGAAAAUAGCUUCGGUAGUACCAGCUCUUUCAGGGAAGAACAAACUUGAACCACUCUCGCAAGGACCGGUCAUAGACAUAACCAAGUGAAACAUUGGCCUAUACCUCUCUCAAUUUUUUUGAAAAAAGUUAGACAUAAACCUCCAAAUCUGUUUAAAUUUUUUUAUAGAAACUUUUACUAAAUUGUUUACAAUCCCCUAAAAUCUCACUACCAACUUGCAAUGUUGUCCCGUCUGAGUUCAUUGGCAUGUAAAACUAACUACAAAGAGUAAUGGCGAGUGAAGGUCAGCAUCACAAAACUUUAAGAACCACUCUCAGUGGAAAUUGGUCGUCAUGCAUCCCAACUUUGAACCGCUAAAUCAUUACGUAAGUGAGUCCAUAGCUGCUUAUGUUCCGUUUCUUUAUUCGCAUAUCUUUCUCUUGUUCGUAUUAUUAGCUCUUGGUAGGCUUCGGGUAAGUUCUAAGUAUGAAGAUAUAUGAUCAAAGCCUAUGACGUUUGGUGUGAAAACGGUAUCAAAUAUUGUUUCUGACCAACAAUUUAUAAUGUUAAUUUUAUUAGUACCCUUGAUCCCUUUAAGCAAAAAUUAAACGUGUAAUUAGAAUGUGAUAUGGAGGCCUUUUUAAAGUAACUGAAUUAAUCACCCUUAUUUUCCUUCCCACGCUUUCUCUAGAUAUUAAAUAUAUUCUCUAAAUCUUUCAUUAAUAUCUUUCCCAUUUUAUUUAUUAAAUUUCCUUACUGAUAAAUCCAGAAAAUAAGUACAAAAUCUUUGUUGACCUAGGUCGUCGUUACAUUUGGAUUUCUCUUCCUUUUUUACCUCUUAUUCUCUCCUUUUUGUCUGCUCCACAUCGGUCAGCUAUGACGACUAACCAAAACGGAAGAGAUGGAGACGAGAAUCCGGAGGAAGCCUUGCCGCCGUCUCCGUCUCAACAGCUUCUACGUGAAAGACUCAAAGCUUACGAGAAUAUGUAUGGCUCCUUGGAUGAUCAUUACUCACGUAGAACCGGAUCUUCACAGUUUGCUCCUUUGUCAGAUUUGCGAGCCCUUGAAUCUGACUUUAGAAGAUUGGGUGUCUAUGAUUCAAACCCUCGCCAACAGCCGCUACGUGAUCAACGUGGAAGCAAUCAAUUUCCUUUGAAUGGUGGAGAUCGAGGUAUCAAUGAAUACUUUAACCCUUCGUAUUUUCACUCUCAAACUGAACAAGCACAGAUUAAUCUGGAGAGGAUGUGGUUUAGGAAGGAUAAUCUUGUUAAUGGGUAUCAUGCUUAUAAGUCAUCUAAUUAUGGUUCUUAUGGGCGUGGCAAUAGUGGUAUGUCGUUUCGUUCUCCGUACUUUGACCACUGUGAGGUUCCUUUCCCUCAAAGUAAUAAUCAUAAUUCUGGUAAUCAAAGCCGUUGGAGUUAUUCACACGGUUAUGUGCCUCGAACCCAUGAUCUAUUCAAUAUGAAUAACUCUAGGGCUACGGAUAACACACUGUCUCGUGCUAAAAACCGUGUGGAUUCUGUCGAGUUGCAAAACUUGAUUGCGGAAGGUUCAAGAGACACUAUUGAUCAGAUAUUUGAUGAGCUGAUAUCACAUGUUUGUGAGCUGAUGACUGAUCCUUUUGGCCAUCAAGUAUUUCAAAAGCUCAUGGAGAAAUGUACAAAUGAACAAAUCACUCGGGUUUUGGAAAUUUUCAUCCAACAACCUAAUCAGUUUGUGAGAAUUUGUGGCGAUAUGCAUGGAACGCGUGCAAUACAAGAUUUGAUCCGAUGUCUUAGUUCAGAAGAGCAAAUAUCCCACUUCAUGGUAACUAUAUGCCAUGUUGCAUUACUUCUGAGCAAGAGCACUAAUGCAAAUGAUGUGAUUAUGUUUUGCUUCAGCCAUUUUUCUCCUUCACAAACAAAUGGACUUCUUCAAAUGAUUGUUCAAAACUGUUAUCAAAUUGCAAUUGAUCAUUAUGGUUCUUGUCUACUUCAACAAUGCAUUGGAAAAUCCCGUCAAGAAAUAAGGGAGCCUUUGAUUAGAGAGAUAAUCGCUAAUGCUAUGAAUCUAUGUGUGAAUCGCUAUGGAAACUAUGUGGUCCAGUAUGUGUUGGAAUUGGAAAAUUUUCAAGUGGCAGCAGCUCUGUCAAGAUAUCUCAGUGGGAAUUACGUGCAACUCUCUUGUGACAAGUUUGGAAGUCAUGCGGUGCAAAAAUGUUUAGAAAGUAGACAAUUCAACUCGAGGAUGAUCAUCAACGAGCUGCUUACUGACAUUGAUUCACUUCUUGUAAAUCCUUACGGAAACUAUGUAAUUCAGACUGCAUGGGUUGUAUCUCAGGUAACGAAAAUAAACAUGCUUUUAGAUCCAUUUUGUGUGAAAUCAUUAGCUUAUUUGUUUACUUUGUCUUGCAGAAUGAUAUGCGAAGUGAAUUGUUGUACCAUAUCAACAGGAAUCAUCCGUUGUUGAGGUGCAAUAGAUACGGGAGAAAAGUACUUGAAAAACUUAAUCUUUGGACAUAAGAGGGCAUGUUUGUGGAAUUAGAUGAGAACCACGCACGAUUAGUUAUUCAUGUUGGUGUUUUUUCUUUUUUCAUUUAGACGUUGACUCAAUAUUGCCGAUUCUCUUUUUAUUAUUAAAUGUUUUUAGGUA